AUGGCGAGAAAAUACGAAGCGUUAGUGGACGUGGACCCGACGGACGCUGACGACGAACUCAGAUUUCAAAAUUUCGUUGCCUCAGAUGGUUCAACGCUUACUGGGAAGGUGACUGGUAGUCCGUCUCGAGCUGCAGGGAGCAAUACACCAUUCAUUCUACCAACGUCUGGCGAAGGAGGAGGAGAUGGAGCAAAACGACCAGCAGCAUUUUAUAGUGCUGAAUUCUAUGUACAAUACUUUAAUGUGGACUCUGCAGAUGUUUUAGCACGACUGCUAUCAACAAUCAACCCAAAAUCAAGUUUCAUGGACAUUAUAACUACAAAUCCUGAUUUAUAUGGUCCGUUCUGGGUAUCAACAACUGUAAUAUUCUCAUUAUUCGUGACAUCAUGCAUCGCAGGCUCCAUCCAAGCCUAUUCAUCAGGAACAACAUACACAUACGACUUUUCGUUACUGUCAUUUGCAACAUUUGCAGUCUACAUGUAUGCUGGACUGGUACCGUUAGUGGUAUGGGCUGUGGGCAAAUGGUGGCUGGGAAUUCCACUGAAAUUGAUGGAAGUUAUUGAUGUGUAUGGAUAUGGAUUGAGUGUUUGGAUACCUGUUUCGCUUCUUUGUGUAUUUCCAUCGGAUAUAUGGCGAUGGUUGCUAGUUGCGUUAGCUCUCGCUUCCUCUGCUCUAUUCAAAGUACGAAACCUUUCACCCGUAGUCGCCAGGGCAGGUGAUAUCAGAGCCAAGAUCUUGAUACCGGCAGUCCUUGUCGCUCAUGUUGGAUUUGCCUUAUUAUUCAAACUUGGAUUCUUCAAGUUUGUAACUACAGUGGCGGAAUGA